CCCUUUUCUGAUUUUCCAAACAUGUCCUGUAGGAGGAAUAGCUCUUACCCUGUCACUAUGCUCUUCAUUGGCACUAACCAAUCUUUUGGAGAAAUCAUAUCUAGGAAUAUGAUUCCAAGUACCUUGAGUACUAUAUACAGCUCUGAUAUUAUGGCUAGUUUGGCAUCAAAUGUAGUGGGAUCAGAAUCAGAGCCAGAGAACACCAAUUUUCUGGAACCUGCUUUCUUUUUGGACCUUCCUAUUUAUUAUCUACAGAAUCAAUGCACGCAGAACUCUACAUUCUCCAUUUCUGUUUAGAUGUCAGGGAUUAGCAAGC